GUCCUGAGAACUGAUAUGUUGUUCUGUUGACGACCUGGAACUGAGAGCGCGCUGCUUUGCAUCCACUUCACACAGAGAAACAUCUGCGCGCAGUACAUUUCAUAAAUUGACUUUCUGGAGGGAUCUGACUUUUUCUGCCAUGGCAAAAUGGUCACUUUUAUUUUUAUAUUUUUUUCAAGGACUACUUCCCCUCAUCAUCUUUGGGCAGCAGCAGCAGCAGCGCACAGCUGGCUCCUGGCGGAACCGGAUUCAGUGGCAAAACAAUGGACAGGUUUACAGUUUAAUGAGCACUGGGUCGGAGUACCAGGCUCCGGUUCGGUCCAGGAGCCACUCGAGGGUUUUUGUGAGCAGGAGGGACGGCACCCGGAGCCAAGUGCCGGGAGCGCACAGAGGAGCCACGCUUGUAAGAUCCGGACAGGGUGAGUCCAGACAGUUCAGGACUGAUCACGGUGCAGAACCGGGAUUUUUUACACCUGGACACGAUGGUAGACAGUUUGUGCCUGUUAAUGCUCGUGCGUCAGGGGCCAGACAGCAGCCUGAGCGCCCUCAUGGAACAGGAGCUAUGGGUUAUCCAGGAGGAAGAGAGCCGGGGCCAGGUGCGCAAUACCAACAGUUACGCGCGGUGCCCCAGGCACAAGUGUCUGUCUCCAGGCAACCCGCGCAGACGGAUCACUCCAUCCCAGCAUAUCCCUCAACUCUGGAAAGAGAAACUGAAUCCCCCGCUUCCUUCCCUGCUCUUACUGAGGAUUCUUUAAAUGAGGCAACCAGAAAUGGAGAGGACAUGGUUAACGACGACCCGCGAAACCCGUCAAAAAACCACAGGAAUUCUGUUUUCUACAACAUGUAUCCCACGAGAGGGAGGUCAGGGGCCCGCACGCGGCGUCCGCCUGACACAGGAUAUGGAACAAGAUAUUUCCAAAAUGGACUGCCAGACCUUGUGCCAGACCCAUAUGCCAUCCAAGCAGGUGCUUAUGUCCAGCGCAUGCAGAUGUAUGCGCUCCGCUGUGCAGCUGAGGAGAACUGUCUGGCCAGGUCAGCUUAUGGACCCGCUGUGCGAGACAUCGACUUCAGAGUCCUCCUAAGGUUCCCCCAGAAAGUGAAGAACCAAGGCACCACCGACUUCCUCCCUGUCAAGCCGAGAUAUCAGUGGGACUGGCACAGCUGUCACCAGCACUACCACAGCAUGGACGCCUUCAGUAACUACGACCUGCUGGACGUCGUCACUGGACGUAAAGUUGCAGAGGGACACAAGGCCAGUUUCUGCCUUGAGGACACAGGCUGUGACCCCGGAUUCAGGCGUCGCUAUGCCUGCACAUCCCAUACACAGGGACUGAGCCCAGGAUGCCACGACAUCUAUGCUGCCAACAUCGACUGUCAGUGGAUCGACAUCACUGAUGUACCUCCAGGAAACUAUAUCUUGAAGGUAAAAAUAUGUGGGGUUACUGUCAAUCCCAAUUUCCACGUUCCGGAGUCGGACAUGACCAACAACAUCGUGAGAUGUGAUAUCACUUACACAGGAAUUUAUGUUCAGACGCGCAACUGUCGAGUAACAAGGGCUUGAAAUCUUCGUUUCCUGUCCCAUCUGCAGGAGUUUGGCAGCAACCAUCUCACUCUGUGCUUGUACAACAACAUCAACACUCUGAGUUACAGAAAGUGCAACUGGUAAAGUGAUUAAUACAGCUGUAAUCCUGCAUUACAAUCCUGCCAUAGAGUCCUGUGUUGCGUUUAUUGCUAUUAAAUGCAAAAGUUUACAUCAAUUUUGUAAAUGAAACCAGUGAGAUCGCCAGUUUUACUUGACUAUGUAUUUCUACUUAUGUGCCAUGAUUCAUUACAAUUUUUUUUUGCCUUAACAAAUACAAGUACUGUGUUCUUAUAGUUAAUUUCUUGAAUGCUGGUUUAUUGCUUGAAAUGUGUUUUUUGUUGCCUUUUGUCUUUGUCUUGUUUUUCUGCUUGGUGUUAUUGCAACAUGCACAUCGUUAGUUGUUACAGGUUUAUUUAAAGGAUAAAAUAUUCUAUAUUUUUAUUAUUUGCAACAAAUCUCAUGAAAAGACCAAAAGCAACAUUACAUUCACUCAUCUCUCAUAACUAUCUGCCUUCUCUACCCAGCCUAUGGCUCUCAGUCCCAAUCUCACUGUAGUAGCAGUAAAUGUAGUUUUUAGAAAAUGUUACUUAAACAGGAGUAAAUGGUACAUUUGUUAGGACCUAUUCUCAGCCGCAGAUGUGGACGUGCAAGUGAAUUUAUGGCAGCAGAAGAGUGUGUGUGGGAUCAACUGUGUUCAUGGAGCGUGUCACCCAGUGCAAGAGCGUGUCAAUAUGUUUUUGAUAGUUUUGCAAUAACAAUGGAGGAAUAAGCUGUAUCCUGGAUACACAGACGAUACUUGUUAGUAGGAAAAAUUUAUUGUUGGUUUUGGUCUUUUCAUGAGAUUUAUAAGAAGAAAAUAAAAUAUCACCAGACUAUAAAUCUUUAACCACCUGGUGGUAAUAAAUAUCUCAAAUAGUAAGAGUAGUAUGUUGGAGUAUGUUUAUGUAAAUGUGUGCUUGUGUAUAACUGAGUGAAUGGAAAAUGUUGAUAGCUGUAAUGUAAAACUGUUAAUAUUGCUUGAACGUUGUUGAAAACUUUAUCUUAUUCUGUUAGAUUUAAUGCAAUAAAGAC